UCACGUGAGCGAACCCGGAAGCGGCAGCGGGCAGGGAGGGUGGCGAUGAGCGGCGGGGCCGGGACGGCGGCGGCGGCGGCCGGGGACGGGGCCGGGGACAGCUCCGGUUCCGGUUCCGGUUCCGGUUCCGGUUCCGAGCAGCGGGUCUGCAUCGUGGUGGAGUACUGCGAGCCGUGCGGGUUCGAGGCCACGUACCAGGAGCUGGCGAGCGCCGUGAGGGAGGAGUACCCCGACAUCCACAUCGAGUCCCGCCUGGGGGGCACCGGUGCCUUUGAGAUCGAGAUCAACGGGCAGCUGGUCUUCUCCAAGCUGGAGAACGGAGGCUUCCCCUACGAGAAGGACCUGAUCGAGGCGAUCCGCAGAGCCCGCAAUGGGGAGCCCCUGGAGAAGAUCACCAACAGCCGCCCCCCCUGCGUCAUCCUGUAGCCCCGCGCCCCCCCGGGGGGGUCAUUUUUGACCCCCCCCUGCAUUAACCAGCCGGUUCCCAUCCCCUCGGCCCCCCCAGUUCUUCGCUGCCCCCCUCCUUCGUUACCUUCCUACACCCCUGGGGGGCAUCGGGGGGGACGUGGGAGCGUAAGGAGCACCCCGGGGGGGCCACCAAGAGCAGCCGGGGGGGGUUGAGCUCCCCCCUCCUUGGUCCCUGGAGGUGUGGGGGCAAUUCUGCAGCCCCCCCCCCCCACGCCGUGGGGCCGGAAGCCUCAUGCCGUGGAGCUGUGAGCAGCUCGUUAAUGAUUAAAGCCCCUCAGUCACUAAUUAAACAGGCACCAGGGUGGCGGGGGGGGGACAGGCAUGGGAACCCCCCCCCAGGCUCCAUCCCCACAGCCUGGGGGUCCGUUUAAUGACCCCCCCACCCCAUUCCCAGCCUCCUGCCCCCCUCACGGCUCCGUGCUCUGCCAUGGGGUGGCCGAGCCGAGGUGCCCCCCCCUGUGGACCCCCCCUAUUUAUUCUAUACUGUGUAUAACCCCCCCCCGCCCCCCCAGCCCGGUGCUGAAUAAAGGACGGAGGAGAACGUGA